AUGAGGUCCUUGGGAGCGGAGGUGGGAGCAUACGAGGAUUCGGAUAUGGAGGACGGAGAGAGCUCGGUAAAGCUCAAAAAUCUUACGAAGCUAUUGAAGCAGUUUCCCAACCUAGCGGCUGGAACUCCCUUGCACACUCCCAUGAUCAUAGCCCAUAAUGCCAACUUCCAGAAUCCCGGACAACAAGGUGGUUACAGCAACCAAGGCAACAAUGGUUUUGGCGGAGGCUUUGGGAACAACAAUAGAUACACCAAUAACGGCUAUGGCAACAACUCCGGCAACGGUUAUGGCAACACCGGGAACGGCAGUUACAACAACUCUGGCGGCAACGGUUACAACAACGCUGGGAACAAUGGUUACAACAACAACUCCGCCAGCUAUAACAAUGGUCAGUCCCGCCCCCUUCCUGAGAUUUCUGAGUCCUGGGACCCCCGGAAGGUUGAAGAAUGGGUCAGGUUGGCGAACCGUCGAAAGAGACUGGCGCUGAUGGCAGAAGAAGAAGCAGCUCGCAAUUCCCAACAACAACAACAACAGAACCAGCAGGCUCAAAACCAUCAACAACAGAACCUCAGUCAGCAAAACAACCGGGAAACGGAAAUACCGGGAAACCACCAAAGAGCGAUGCAUGACAACUUCAAGGCGGAAGUGAUGGAGGCAGCUGCGGAGGUGAAGAGCUCAGAGGAGGUUGUGGAGGAGGUUUCAGAUGUAGAGGCGGAGGAGGCAAGUAUCAAAGUGGUAGAGGUUUUGGACGCCUUGGAGAGUAUCAUUAUGCUCUACAAUCAUCUGGACAGUGCUGGGCUGGUGGAAAAGUCGGCUGAAGUGCCUUCCAACAUUGAACUUCCUGAGGUGGUGGGAAAAGCUUCGGUUUGA